CAGGGCUUGGAUUCUACAUGCCAAGCAGACACAACAGCCAAAAGUGAGUAAGCCCAGCCCCUGGCCCCAGGAAGACCUACUCAAUGAGACCACCCUCCCACUUCAUGCUUCAGGAGUUCAGGAUGGGAAGGCGAAUGUGAAGUCCCUCAUGGCGAAGUUUAACACAGGGGGCAACCCCAUGGAGGAGGUCUCGGUCAACAGCAGGCCCUUCAAGGUCCUGGGCCAAAACUCCCCUUCAGGAGUACAGGUCAAAAAGAACUUAUUCAACAACCAAGGAAAUGCCAGCCCUCCUGCAGGACCGAGCAAUGUGCCCAAGUUUGGGUCCCCAAAGCCCCCUCUGGGGGUGAAACCUUCUUCUGAGGAAAAGCCUGACAAGGAGCCCAAACCUCCAUUUCUAAAGGCGACCGGCGUGAGUCCCAGGUUUGGGCCGCAGGCUAACUCGGCCGCCAGAGACCCCGAGGUGAAACCAGGAUUUCUGAAACCUGGAGGCCCCAAGCCCAUCAACUUGCACAAAGAAGAUUCCAAACCUGCGGUUCCCCGGGCUCCUGGGAAUAAGCCUUCACUUCACAGUGUAAACCAAGACCAUGACUUGAAGCCACCAGGCCCCAAGCCGGGGUCAAAUCAUCCAGCCCAGGAAAAUGAACCGAAGCAAGUCUUCCCAAAGCUGGCUGGGGCUAAAGGCAAGUUUAUGUCAGCCUCACAAGAUCAGGACCCCACGCCCCUCUUCCCCAGACCUGUCUUUGGCCAGAAGCCAUCCCUGAAUACAGAUGACCCCCAGGAAGACGGAAGCCCCACCAAGACUGCGGCUCCACAGAGAGGCCCCCCGGCCCCCCUGGGAGCCAAGGCCAAAUCCGGCCCUUUGAAACCAGCCAGGGACGACCUAGAGAAUAAAGAGCGUGGAGGCGAGACGUCAAGUUUUCCUUUUCCUGGAGUCGUUCUGAAACCUGCUGCAAGCAGAGGGGCCCCAGGCCUCUCCAAAAAUGCUGAAGAGAAGAGAGAAGAUAGGAAGGUGGAUGCUGCUAAGAACGUCUUCCUGAGCCAAGUGAAUCCGGAAGAGCCGGCCUCUGGGGCCCCUCCUGCCAAGUUCCUGAAGACACCUUCGAAGUGGACAACGGCAGGGCCCUGGGGCCCAAGUCAAGAAAAGGAAAAGGAGGACCAGAAUUCAGCCACCCCCAAGCGGAAACCCCUGCCCUCCUUGUUUACCCUGGGCCCCCCUCCACAAAAGCCCAGCAGACCGCCGCACGUUGACUUGACGAAAUUCCGGAAAGCCGCUUCUGGACACAGUACCAGCAAGGUCUCAACGUCCUACUCAACAACUUCCCUACCACCACCUCCACCAUCCCAUCCAGCCUGCCAGCCACCAUUGCCAGCAUCUCACCCAACACAAUCGGCAGUCCCAAGUCUACCUCCCAGAAACAUUAAACCUCCCUUCGAUCUCAAAAACCCUGUAAAUGAAGAAAAUCAAGAUAGUGUCAUGCACUCUGAUGGAACUGGAAAUCUGGAUGAGGAACAAGAGAGUGAAGGAGAAACAUAUGAAGACAUAGAAACAGCCAAAGAAAGAGAGAAGAAAAGGGAAAAGGAGGAGAGGAAGAGAUUAGAGCUGGAGAAAAAGGAACAGAAAGAGAGAGAAAAGAAAGAACAGGAAAUAAAGAAGAAAUUUAAACUAACAGGCCCUAUUCAAGUCAUCCACCAAGCAAAAGCUUGCUGUGAUGUCAAAGGAGGAAAGAAUGAGCUGAGCUUCAAGCAAGGAGAGCAAAUUGAGAUAAUCCGAAUCACAGACAACCCUGAAGGAAAAUGGCUGGGCAAAACAGCCAGGGGGUCAUAUGGCUAUAUUAAAACAACGGCUGUAGAGAUUGACUAUGAUUCCUUGAAACGGAAAAAAAAUUCGCUUGGUGCUCUUUCAUCAAGACCUUUUGAAGAUGACCAGGAAGUAUAUGAUGAUGUCGCAGAGCAGGAAGAUGUUAACAGCCACAAUCAGAGUGGAAGUGGAGGGAUGUUCCCACCUCCCCCAGACGAUGAUAUUUAUGAUGGGAUAGAAGAGGAAGAUGCUGUUAAUGGCUCCACGCUACAGGAUGAAGAGAAGAGUAACACGUGGUCCUGGGGGAUUUUGAAGAUGUUAAAGGGAAAAGAUGACAGAAAGAAAAGUAUACGAGAGAAACCAAAACACUCUGAGUCAGACAAUGAAGGUUCAUCUUUCCCUUCUCCUCCUAAACAAGUGGACAUGGGAGAUGACGUUUAUGACGAUGUGGAUGCCUCUGAUUUCCCUGCUCCACCACCAGAGAUGAGUCAAGGAGCCAAGGCCAAGGCAGAAGAAAAAGACCCUAAGAAACUAAAAAAGCAAGAAAAAGAAGAAAAAGACUUCAGGAAAAAAUUUAAAUUUGAUGGUGAAAUUAGAGUCCUCUAUUACACCAAAGUUGCACCCUACUUAACUUCUAAAAAGUGGGGGAACAGAGAUCUACAGGUGAAGCCUGGAGAAUCCCUGGAAGUUAUACAAAACACAGAUGAUACAAAAGUUCUCUGCAGGAAUGAAGAAGGAAAAUACGGUUAUGUCCUUCGGAGUCACUUGGUAGACAAUGAUGGAGAGAUUUAUGACGAUAUUGCUGAUGGUUCCAUCUACGACAAUGACUAGUUCUCAGCUUUGGUCAUUCUGCUAUGUUCAUUUGAUGACAAUGUGAAGUCUGUGUUUUAAUUGGCCUAUGUUAUCGGGUAUCAUAGAAAAUGAAUGCACAAAACUAGUUAUUACCAUUUGUUAUAAAAUUAUGAUUAUUUUUAUACAUUUUGAGAUUUUGGACUUAGAAAAUGAUUUCCCUGCUUAAUCAACAUCUUGGAAGACUGCAUCAAUGAGAUGUAAGAAAUAUUAAAUACCCAGUUCUGCCUCAGCUACAAUUAUAUAAGCACUUCUUUUAGACCAUCAAUAGACAACUCCCCCUUCCGAAAAAAAAAAAAAAAAUCUUUUGAGAAAAAAUGGCUGUUGUCUAAAGAAAUAUAAAGAACAACAAAAAUAUAAGGAAAGAAAUUUUUAAAUUUUUCAUAAGAAGAAAAACUCUUGUUUGUACUUCUAAUGAUCCUAUCUUAUAUUCUCUAUUCAAAUUAUCUAUCUUUUAAAAGUCAGGGCUGUCUCCACUCUUACUGGUGGGUUAAAUGUUUUCAAAAAUUAUAGUAGUAGCAGAACUUUUGUAUAAAGUUUACCAUAUAAUUCUGUUUAAAGUACUGUUGUAACUAGAGUAGAUAUGAAUGAAGACCACCCCAAAAUUAUGAAGAAUGGAAGAAUGGAGUUCAAAAUUAACUAGCCUUUUAUGGCAUCUCUUUACUAUGAAGACUCUUUUAAAGGUUUCUGUUUUUGUUUCUCUAUUACCUCUAUGGAAAAAAAAUUUUAAACCACUUUACUGGAAAGUUGGCCAGCAGAGGAAAUACAAAUUAAUAAACCUUAGCGUUUGGGCUGGGGUAUUUCCUAUUGGUACGUACUCAACCAAAAAUAACCCCAAAACAAAAUGUGAAGCAUUUGGGUUCCAAAUGCUAAGAACACUAAACACCACGAUACAAAAUGCAGAAACCUAACACCCAAGAAAAUAGCAUAUUAGGAAAUUUUUUCACAGCUUCCAAAAUAUGAAUUGAGCAAAUCCUAAUGCUGGCUCUGCUAUUAAUGAGCCAUGAUGUGUUACUGGAUAAAUUAUUUAUCCUCCUCCUAGUUUUCUCAUCUGCAAAUUUCAGGAUUAGACUAAGUCAAUUUUUCCCAACGUUUUCACUAUCAGUUACCUCAAAUGUCUAUAAUCCUCCCUCUACCCUAGCCCUGUGUUUCAGAAGUUUUGCUGAUUUUUAAAACUCAUUGAUUAAAUAAUGAUUAAUGCAUUAUCCAUGUUUUAAUAUUGCAGAGGCCCAUUGGAGAGUCUGAAGAGUAGCCCCACUGAAUUGAAAUAAUUUCAAGUAAUUGUAAAGGAACUCAAAGGCUUCAUGUGGGUAAAGUGGGAUUUCUAUUAGGUGCUUUGAAAUUUAAAAAUAGAUCAACUACUAUUGUUCAAUGUGUAUACUCUGGGGGUCUGAGGCCCCCAAAUUAGAAGCCACUAAUCUCAAAGACCCCCUCCAAUUAUGAAAUAUUUUGGUGUCUACUUUUUGAUAGGGAGAGCCAGUAUUUGCUCACAUGAUGAAUUUAUUUUAAUACUAGAUAAAAUGACAGCAUCCAGAAGUGGUUUUUGUUUGUUACAUUUGGUAACAAAUAUACAACAUACACUGACAUUAUGUUUCCAGUAAUUUUAUCUUCUGAUUGAGAAUGGUAUAAACUCAAUACAAUGUCAGUUUUUGGGUUUUUUGUUUGUUUGUUUGUUUGUUUUUUUGCUGUACGCGGGCCGCUCACUGUUGUGGCCUCUCCCGUUGCGGAGCACAGGCUCCAGACGCGCAGGCUCAGAGGCCAUGGCUCACGGGCCCAGCCGCUCCGCGGCAUGUGGGAUCCUCCCGGACCAGGGCAUGAACCCGUGUCCCCUGCAUCGGCAGGCGGACUCUCAACCACCGCGCCACCAGGGAAGCCCCAAUGUCGGUUUUUAAAAUUCUAAAUUAUAUCAAGGGUAUCUUUCAGAGUUAUGCUUUAUACGCCAAGAAACAGACACAUGUUUAUGAAAGAUUUAUAUGACAAUCAUCUUAAUAUAAAAGAAAUAUCUGAAGUAUUAAUUUUAAUAUACUAAAUAU